AUGCCGUCGCAUUUAUCUCGGCUUAAUAUAUUGUUGACAUACUCUCUUAGUUUAUUUCAUGUUAUCAAAUCUAACUUUCUGGGUAUCGAAUGUUCCAACCUCCGCUUCCCAUAUCAAGAGGCCAAAAAGAAGAAGAAGAAGAAGAAGAAGAAGAAGAAGAAGAAGAAGAGGAAGAAGAAGAAGAAGAAGAAGAAGAAGAAGAAGAAGAAGAAGAGAGAAAGCAAAGGAAAAAAGAAGGGAGGAGGGGAGAGAAGAUCAUAUCAAACCGAAAAGGGGGGGACAGGGAAAAAUGGGGAAAUAGAAAAACGAAGAAUAUACUACGCGAAAUCUGCUACACAUUUUCGGUAUUCUACAAUUGUGGAAUGGGAGAAAAAUUGUCGCCGGGGAAGGCUCAGUGAAACCAGAAACCAGAGCAGGGUUGAAGUAGCAAGAUGUAACGCCUACGGUCUGCCUUGCCAUCCUCAAUCGGAUGGCAUGGAUGUUGGCGUCAGCGAGAGGAAAUGUAGAUAUCCAGCGGGGUGCGGCGUCCAAGUAGUGUAUAACUAUGUCACGGGUACUGUUCAGCAUAGCAAAGGCGUAGACGAUCGUACCGGUGGCGUGGAGGACAGGACCCCUACCUGCUCUGGAAUUCCGCUCGGAGGGAUUGAGAACAUCCUCCGAAAAUUCCAGAACGAUGCAUGUCCGCAGAGCCGGUCGUAUGUGGACCUCAGGAUGCACAUGAAGCUACCGACUAUGUAUGAACAAAAGGCCAAUUUCAGCGCAAGGCGCAACGGUUUCCGCAUUAACAAGACUGCUGGGCCUGGAAAAGGCUGA